CUGCGGCUGCCCUCCACUUCUUCAGAGUGCAGGCUGUCCCCUAACCCUUGGCCUCUACGGAUACCAACUCCCUCCAGUGGUCUCCCAUCAGCCUCGCGAAUCUGAUCUGCCCUCAGCACAACCACCUACCAGACGUGACUGAUACUCGGCAACAGCCCGCGCAAAUGGCUGCUCCCGUCGUAACCGUCUCGGAGAGCAAAGACCUUCGGGGUCUCAAUCUUAUCGCGGCACAUUCCCAUGUGCGCGGACUCGGCGUGGAUGCAGAUACUCUAGAGCCUAGGGCAUCGUCCCAGGGGCUAGUUGGCCAGGAGAAGGCACGGAAAGCUGCCGCAGUUGUGUUGGAGAUGAUCAAGCAGGGCAAGAUUGCCGGGCGCGCCGUUCUGAUUGCAGGGCCUCCCAGUACCGGAAAGACAGCAAUCGCGAUGGGAAUGGCUCAAUCGCUCGGCUCAGACGUUCCAUUCACCACGCUCGCCGCCUCCGAAAUUUUUUCGCUCGAGAUGUCCAAGACUGAAGCUCUAACGCAAGCUUUCAGGAAGUCGAUCGGCGUGAGAAUCAAAGAGGAGAGCGAAAUAAUGGAGGGCGAAGUCGUCGAAAUUCAAAUUGAUCGGAGCGUCACUGGCGGGGCUAAGCAAGGCAAGCUCACCAUCAAAACGACCGACAUGGAAGCCAUCUACGAUAUGGGCAGUAAGAUGAUUGACGCCAUGACUAAGGAGCGUGUGAUGGCCGGCGACAUUAUCUCCAUCGACAAGUCAUCCGGGAAGAUCACCAAGCUGGGCAGGUCAUACGCAAGGUCCCGUGACUACGACGCCAUGGGAGUCGAUACAAAGUUUCUACAGUGCCCCGACGGCGAGCUGCAGAAACGCAAGGAGGUUGUGCAUACAGUGUCUUUGCACGAGAUCGACGUCAUCAACUCCAGGACUCAGGGCUUUUUAGCCCUGUUUUCAGGCGACACCGGUGAGAUUCGGAGCGAGAUUCGAGACCAGAUCAACACCAAAGUCGGAGAAUGGAAAGAGGAGGGCAAGGCAGAGAUUGUGCCUGGUGUGCUGUUCAUUGACGAGGUGCACAUGCUCGACAUUGAGUGCUUCUCGUACAUCAACCGGGCUCUGGAGUCGGAUCUGGCUCCCAUUGUCAUCAUGGCGAGCAACAGAGGGCACUCCCGUAUUCGGGGGACGGAUUACAAGAGUCCCCACGGACUUCCCCUCGACUUUCUGGACCGCGUCGCGAUCAUCAACACCCAUUCUUACAAUGCAGACGAGCUGCGGCAGAUCCUGUCCAUCAGGGCUCAAGAAGAGGAAGUGGAUCUCACACCUGAUGCGCUCGCACUCCUCACAAAAAUAGGCCAGGAGGCAGGUCUUCGCUAUGCCAGCAACCUCAUCACCACCUCGCAGCUCGUCUGCGCAAAACGGCGUGCCAAACAAGUCGGGGUGGAGGAUGUCCAGCGGAGCUUCAAGCUCUUUUAUGACCCUGCUAGAAGUGUCAAGUUCGUCGCCGAGUCGGAAAAGCGGUUGAUUGGCAAUGAUGGCACUGUUGAUUUUGCCGCCAACGGCAGCGCUGGGGAGACGAUGGACACAAGUUAGAUUAGUUCUGGGGAUUACAAUCGCAGGCGUUAGGGGGGUUGGUAAAAUUGCUUGGGCGGACACGGCUGGUGGGCAUUCUCAAUACCUGUGUAAUAAUCACAUAGAGCAGAAAAGAGCAAUUGUUGGUCAAGGUGCGGCAAGCCAUGUGUUGGUGCUAUGCAGCAAUUCAAAGUACAGCUGCCCUUGUCAUGUCAUAUAAACGUCGCUACUCUCGUCCAGCCGCGUUCGUCACCAGCUGGCCGGAAUUCUACGC